GGAGCGCAUCCUCAGUGACAGACACAAUGGAGCUGCACUGACCAUGGAAAUACUGCAGCAGGUGCCUCGAAAAACAAUUAUUUCACAGCGAUUAGCCUGCCAAACAUUAUAUUUACGCUUCCUACUGCUAACAAGAAGCUGCUAUUUUUGUGCCAGCGAAUGGUUGUUUAUAUAACAUUUUUGAGACCAAAGCUAGUUAGCAAUUUAGCUAGUUAGUGUAACAUUUGCUGCCUUGUUUUGAUUUGCGGCUAAAUAAUUAUUGUAAAUUGUUAGCUUCUUUGGCUAAUCAUGCAGUUCCCGUUUGACAUUAGCCAAUUAUUCCCUGAGAGAAUUACCAUCUUGGAUCACACUCUUGUAGCUGGUCGUAAAUCAGCUGGGAGACCUGAUCUCCAGGAAAACAUAGCCACAGUACUGGAUGAGCUGGGGAGAGCCUCUGCAAAGGCCCAGCAGCUGACAGCACCCAUCACAAGUGCGUCCAAACUGCAAGUACAGAAGCACCAGCUGUACCUCAUGAAAGAUGGAGAGGGCAGUGGAGGACGUGGAGCAGUGGUGGGUUUUCUCAAAGUUGGUUAUAAGAAGUUAUUCCUGCUGGACAGGCACGGCGUGCACGUAGAAGCUGAGCCCCUCUGCAUCCUGGACUUUUACAUCUGUGAGAACAUGCAGCGCCACGGAUACGGACUGGAGCUCUUCAACUUCAUGUUACAGCACAAACAUGUGGAGCCAGUGCUGAUGGCCUACGACAGACCCUCUCCCAAACUCCUCUCCUUCUUGGCCAAACACUACAGUCUGACACAAAGCAUUCCUCAGGUCAACAACUUUGUGGUUUUUGAAGGAUUCUUCCUCAACAAAUCAGCGGGACAGUUGAGGAAGACUCCCCUAAGAAAACCAGAAGGAGAGAUCAAGCCUUAUUCACUAAUGGAGAGAGAAGUGGUGCGUCAGGAGCAGAGGGUCCCUCCCUGGCCCUUUGCCCCCCCUCAGUCUCCCCAGCGGUGGGUAUCCUCCCCGUACUCCCAGUCCCCCAGCUCAUCCCCCAGCAGGGCUCCCCGAGGAGGGGCCCCAGGAGGGUACAGCCCCCAGUCCCCUCUGCUGGAGCACUGCCGUACCAGACGGACCAGUCUCCAGGGGCUGGUGGCUAAAAGCAGUUUGUACAGCCGGCACCUGGACCAGAGGAGUGUAGCUCUGUUGGAAAGACCCCCGCCAGGUCUGAGAACACCAUGGGCCCAGUUUGGAGCUUCAGAGUCACUGCGAUCCGACUGUGUUCUCUCAGCUCAGAACAGGUUUACGACUUUACCACCAAUACCUGCUCCCAAGUCCUCUGACCCCAAUCAGACAUCCAUUAGCAGCAAACACUCCACCACUCCCAGCUCAGAGGAGGACAUCAGACCUACCCAGGACCAAGGUCAAGCCCAGGACCCAGACCAGAACCCGGACCAGAGUCCAGACCAGUCCAGACGAACAUUAAGACCACAUAUGGACCAGAAGCCUGUCCCUGUGAUUGGACCAUCUCAGAGGCGGGGGGACAGCGAGUGGACGUGGACAGUGGGACAGAAUGUAUUCACAGCCCAGUGGGUCAAACACAAGCAGCAGCACCGAAGCACCCGUCCAUGGUGACCGCACAAACACACCAUUGGAAACUACUGACCAUUAUAAUGUUUACCAGAUAGUUUGAUACUAAUGAGCAAUAAAAAAAAUCUGGGAUCAGUACACCUGUUCCUGUUAAAGCCCCACUGUGGGACUUGUAAGCCAAAAUAUUGACUAAAAUAAAACUAAAAUAUUUUCACCGUGAAUGUUUUUAUUGCACAAAAAACUUGGAACCUACUGUGAGGUGGCUUGCAUCUUCACAAACUGGACUCACCUGCUUGUUGCCAUGGAAAUGUAAUAAUUGAUUUGGAUAACAAUGUUCCACAGUAUGGCAUAAAAUAUGUCUGUCUCUAUGGAAAAUGUUCUGAAGUAUGAUUUGAACUUUCUACUGCCUAGUGCACUUAAGAUAAGAAACGUGAAUAGACAAAGACAAAUUUUAUUCUGUCAACUGCACAAUUUGCAAAACUUUUGGAUCAUACCUGGACAACUGAGAUAUUACACAGACAAGAAAAGUAUAUCUGUCUAUUAUCCAUGGGUUUCAGAAUGAUGCAAAUCUAGGACUGUUGCCAUAGCGAUUAACAAUGAAAAAUAUAUAAUGCAUCUUUUGAAUGGGAAACGUCUUCAACAAGUUGCCUGUAAUGAGUCAAAUCUACUCAACUCCAAAUGAAACUAAAAUUAAUUCAGUAAUUUCAACAUUUUGACUAUUAAUGACGACCUAUCUAAGCCUCCAGACAGAGUAGAUAAAGGGGCAGGUCACAAAUGAAAUACUUUUUGAUAAGAUUAUUUAAAUUCUAUAUGAGCCAAAUUAUAAAAACAGUAUUUAUUACCUAGUAUAUUGAAUAAUAGAUGGAUAAUGCAGUUUGAAUUGGCCUUGUAUGAACUGACAAAAAGACUGUGCUCUGAAACGUGAUUCUUGUAUUAGUUUAUCAGUUCAUAAUUCAAAGCCCUAAACUACAGGGUUAGCAGGGUUUUAUGUAGAAUAAGACAGGAUAUUUUGUUGUUUGUGGAGGAAAUGUGCAGCCUUUGCGAUUUGCUAAUUGUGAAAUUGUUAAUUUUGUUUUAAUUGCAAUUAAUCUUGAAGCCCUAUUUCCCAUUCUUUGUUCAGCCAACAGGCUGCAGUGUUCAGCUGGGCCUAGUGUUGUAUGACUAGUUAAUACCACCUCACUGUGCCUAAAAUGUAUGGACCAGUGUUUUCUACCUGGAAAAAUAAAUGAUGCUAUGAGCCAAAAACAUGUUUAAAAGCCAUAAAAUGUUUAAUGGAGAGACUGAAUUAAAAGCGCUGUACCUGAUUUUUAAUGCAAAAAGCAGAACUAGUUCAUUUUAAACAGUUUGCUGUGGUCCAGAGUUAUUCCUCACUUAUAAACUCAUUGUGGUUAAUGAUUAAAAUGAGUAAGUGAGUACAAGUGCUUUUCACAACUUUCAGAGACCAGAGCGGAGUAAUAUUGUCAAAAACUAGCAUGCUAACCACGCAUUUUCAGUUUCACAAGGAUUAUCACUUUAUAAUUUGAUGCAGACAGU